AUGAUCUCGUUGCAACGUAGGCACGACUUGUGUUCUCUCUGUUUCAUACGUUGUUGUUGUUGUGAUUCAGGUGAAGAAGCAGUUAACUCAAGUGAGAACAGAGUAUGUGUUUCUAAAGAAGGAAAGCUUCCCAAGUUUGCUGAUCUUGAGUUUAAGGAUCUUAACCUGAGUAACGUGUUCCAUGCCAAGACUUGUUGCUCACGGAUGCUCUCUGCUUCAUUAGCUACUCAUGGAGAAGCUUCUAAAGAUUGCUUGGCUCUGUUUGAGCUUUUGCAAUGCUCAAUUUGUCACCCUGACGUUGGAGUUCAAUCAGUUCCUCUUCGCAUUUGUGCCUCCUUCUGUGACAGUGUCUUUGAGGCUUGCUCUGAUGCUUACUUUACUACUCAUGAUCAGGUUGUAGUACCGUGUGGAGCAAGCAAUGGUACUACUAUCUGCGAAAAAGCUUCUAAGUUGUUGAUGACUCCGCAGAAGAGACUUGUUACGGAAGCAAAUCAAUUUUAG